AUGUCGCCGGAGUCAUUAAAGGCGCUAAAACGCUGGGAAGCUGAGAAAAUCAAACAACUUGGAUUCGAUGGCUUUCAAAAGUACCGAAAGGAGCUUUUUUCACGAGGAAAAAUUCUACACACUAACAUUCAAACCUACUUGGAAACUAAAGACACUUCAAAGUUGCAGUUUGCCUCAAACACUCACGAGAAAAUGUGGCAAAGUGUUGAGCAUGUUUUGCCAAAGAUAGGCACACUUUACGCGUCUGAAGUCCCAGUGCAUCAUCCUUUCUUGAGGUAUCGCGGAAUUCUGGACAGUCUUGCAACCUAUCACGACAUUCCUACCAUAUUCGAGUGGAAAACCUCUGAGAAGUUAAAGCCAACUGUAGCGCACACCUACGACAACCCUCUGCAAGCCAUCGCCUACUUUGCCUGUCUUCAAUUCGACCAGGCCGGUCUUGUCCUGCCACCCGUGAAGGAGGUCAUUCUUGUCAUUGCCUACGAAGACGGCUCCAAGGCAAAUGUACAUAUUCUCGAAUCAUCGUUCAGAGCCGAAAUUUGGAAGAAAUUCCUCAAACGUCUGGAGCUUUUCUGGUCACAGCAAGCAAAUUAG